AUAAAUUUUGAAAGUGUGUAUGCUACAGGUAACCCGCAUAUACCGCCAAAAAAUUAAAGUACCGAACUAGCCGUUACAUCUUCUUCCUCUUCUCCCUGAAUUUUCCUUUGUUUUUGUUUCCAUUUUUACUAUUCAUCUCCUCAAAUACCCAACUUUCCAUUUUUUACACUGUUCUUCCCCUUUUUUCUCUACAUAUUUUGGUUCAUUUUGAAAUAUUCGAGGCAGGAAAUUCAAGAAUUCAGCAACAUAAUCUCUUUUAAAUUGGGUGGGUUUUGAAAUUGGGUGAUGAAAAUGGGAGAGCCCAAGACCCCAUUAUCCAAGAUCCUAACCGCACCAUCAUGUACUCCCGGGGGUACGAAGGUUCGAGAGGAGAAGAUAAUGGUAAUGGUUCGAGUUAGGCCGCUGAGUUCUAGGGAACAAGCUAUGUAUGAUUUGAUUGCAUUAGAGUGUCCGAAUGAGGAGACAGUAGUCUUCAAGAAUCCCAAUGACGAGAGACCUUGUUCUUCCUUUACCUUUGAUAAGGUUUUUAGUCCGACUUGUGUGACCGCGAGGGUUUAUGAAGGAGGAGCAAAGGAUGUGGCCUUAUCAGCUCUUACUGGAAUUAAUGCAACAAUUUUCGCGUAUGGGCAGACUAGUAGUGGUAAAACAUUUACAAUGAGAGGAAUUACUGAAUAUGCUAUUGAGGACAUCUAUCAGUAUAUGCAAAAUCAUCCUGAAAGGAACUUUUCAGUGAAAAUCUCUGCUUUGGAGAUCUACAAUGAGACUGUAGUUGACCUUUUGAAUCGAAAUUCUGGUCCACUUCGACUUUUGGAUGAUCCUGAGAAAGGAACUAUUGUCGAAAAACAAGUUGAAGAAGUUGUAAAGGAUAGUCAGCAUUUGAAGCAUUUAAUUGGCAUAUGUGAAGCUCAACGACAAGUAGGAGAAACUGCUCUGAACGAUAAAAGUUCAAGAUCACAUCAGAUACUGAGACUGACCAUCGAGAGCCGCCUCAAGGAAAAUUCAGGCCGUGUGAAGUCCUUCGUAGCAAGCCUGAAUCUUGUUGACCUUGCUGGAAGCGAGCGUGCCUCUCAAACUAAAAGUGCUGGUUUAAGGUUAAGAGAAGGAAGUCAUAUUAAUCGCAGCUUGUUGACACUCACCCAAGUUAUCAGAAAACUAAGCGGUGGAAAAAGAAUUGGUCAUAUACCGUACAGAGAAUCAAAACUUACUCGAAUAUUGCAGUCUUCGCUUGGAGGAAAUGCACGAACUGCAAUAAUAUGUACCUUAAGUCCGGCAAUGAGUCAUGUAGAACAAUCACGUAAUACACUCUUAUUUGCAACAAGUGCUAAGGAGGUUACAAACACUACUAGAGUGAAUGUGGUUGUUACAGACCAGCAGUUGGUUAAGCAUUUACAACAGGAAGUUGCUAGAUUGGAAGCAGAGCUGAAAAGUCCUGUACCUACGUCUUCAUCAGCUUUAAAGGCGCUACUGGUUGAGAAAAAUGUAAAAAUCCAAAAGAUGGAGAGGGAAAUGGGAGAGCUUAAGCGACAAAGAGAUCUCGCACAAACUCAGCUUGAACUGGAAAGAAGUGGACGCAAGGAAAAGAAGGAAUCAAACAAUUCCAGCCCAUCUCAUCAAGUGAAGAAGUGCCUUGCUUUUCCAUCAGACACGAUCUUAAGCAGAGUUACUUUAGAAACCCAAGAAAGAAAUAAAGCUGGAAGGCAGUCAAUGCUUAGGCAAUCAGUUAGCUCUACUGACCCUUCUCACUUAGUGCAAGAAAUCCGGAAGCUUGAACUUCUGCAAAGAAGACUUGGUGAUGAAGCAAAUAAAGCUCUUGACAUACUUCAAAAAGAAGUUGCAUGUAACAGAUUGGGGACACAAGAUGCUGCUGAAAAUGUUGCAAAGCUACUUUCUGAGAUUAAAAACAUGCAAAUUCUUAACUCCAUUUCUGAAGACAUUGUUGUUAAGGACACAGCUGACUUGAAAGAGGAAAUUAUUCGACUGAACACGCAAGGUCAGACAAUUGAAUCUUUAGAAAAGAAGCUUGAGAUUGUCCAGAAUUCUGUGGACAGGUUGGUUUGUGCUUUAGGGGAUAAUGAGAAUACUCCAGAUUCAAAGAUACAGUCUAAAAGGAAAAAGGGUAUCCCAUUUAACCUCACCAAUAGUCCAAACAUGUCAACCUUUAUAAGGGCUCCAUGUUCUCCUCUUUCUUCUUCAAGAAGAGUGAUGGAUGAGAUUGGUAAUACUAUUGCAGAUAACCAAAGUACUAAUGACAGUCUUCCGAGUUCCUGCAAAAGCACUCCUCUUAAAGGUGAUCAAGUUGGUUUUUCUCAUUCCUCUAGGGAGAAUACUCCUUCAAGGCAGAAGCAAAACUCAGUUAAUGUGAAGAAGAUGAAGAAAAUGUUCAAUAAUACACUUGAGGAGACUGCACGUAACAUCAGGUCGUAUGUUACCGAGUUGAAGGAAAGAGUUGCUAAGCUUCAGUAUCAAAAGCAGCUUCUGGUUUGUCAGGUGCUGGAACUGGAGGCAGGUGAAACAGCAACAACUUCACAUGAAGCAGUUGAUCAAUCUCCAUUUUCUUGGCUGUUAAUAUUUGAGGAACAAAAGAAGCAGAUAGUCAUGUUAUGGCAUCUGUGCCAUGUCUCACUGGUGCACCGUACCCAGUUUUUCCUGUUAUUCAGAGGUGAUCCUGCUGAUCAGAUAUACUUGGAAGUUGAGCUGCGAAGAUUAACAUGGUUAGAACAACACUUGUCAGAUCUUGGAAAUGCUAGCCCUGCUCUUCUAAGUGAUGAACCAGCCACCUAUGUUUCAUCAAGCAUUAAGGCCCUUAAACAAGAGAGGGAAAACCUAGCAAAGAGGGUCAGUUCAAGACUAACACCAGAAGAAAGGGAAGUUCUUUACAGAAAAUGGGAUAUCCCACCAGAAGGGAAACAAAGACGGAGGCUGCAGUUGGUUAACAAGUUAUGGACCGACCCACACAAUAUGGAACAUGUGCAAGAAAGUGCAGAUAUUGUAGCAAAGCUUGUUGGGUUCUGUGAAUCUGGUGAGCAACUUAAAAGAGAGAUGUUUGAGCUUAAUUUCAAGUCACCUUGUGAUAAGAAGACAUGGAUGGGUUGGAACUUGAUAUCAAACCUGUUGCAUCUGUAAAUACUAUCUGAUUAUCUUUUGUAAAUCUUCUGUGUAAAGCUUGAAGUAACAAGAAUUUCUAUGAUAACCACUAAUCCUAGAAAACAGUGGGUUUUGCUUUCUGAAUCACCCUCUGCAAGUCUCUUGUAUUAAAAAAGUGACUGUCUGGAAAAAAAAAACAUCUUCCUGUA